UUAGUCACCUCCUACUGCGCAGUUCUCGCUGAAGGAGUCUCGUCCUCUUGCCGUUGAGUAGGCGGGAGAGGCCCGUGCUGAAAGCGUAAACAUCGGGCGUGGAACGCAUGUUUUUAGAGGACUGAGCGCGGGUGUUCGGCUGCAAAUGGAAGCGGAUGGUUUUGUGCGCAGGCGGCGGAUGACAGCGGACACAUCGGGUGGGGAAGCCGCUGUAGCUAGCGCUUCCGCAGGCGCGGAGAUCCACUGGCUAGGCGGGAGAUUCUGGGGGGUUUCGGAGGGUCUUGUUGGGACUUUGGCACCUCGGAUAGUAACAGAACCGGAGAUACACGUUGGACAUUUCUAUGGCUCCCAGGAGGCCAAUGAUAUUUCGGAACCGGACUACGAGGGUCUCCCUCAGGGUGCCUCCACCAGCACUCACAUGUUAGCUGGGGCAGUCGCAGGAAUUAUGGAGCAUUGCCUGAUGUUUCCUAUUGAUUGUGUCAAGACCCGUAUGCAGAGCCUGCAGCCAGAACCGGCCGCUCGCUACCGUAAUGUGAUGGACGCUCUGCGGCGCAUCGUGAGGACCGAGGGCAUCUGGAGGCCAAUGAGAGGCCUGAAUGUAACCGCUGUAGUGGCAGGUCCAGCCCAUGCACUUUACUUUGCUUGCUACGAGAGGUUGAAAAAGGUCCUCGGUGAUGUCAUCCAUCCAGGAGCAAACAGUCAUUUGGCGAAUGGGGCCGCUGGUUGUGUUGCCACAUUGCUUCACGAUGCUGCCAUGAAUCCUGCUGAAGUGGUGAAGCAGAGGAUGCAGAUGUACAACUCGCCCUACCGUGGCGUUCUGGACUGUGUACGCUGUGUGUGGCAGCGGGAGGGGGCGUUGGCCUUUUAUCGCAGUUACACCACACAGCUUACCAUGAACGUGCCAUUCCAGGCACUGCACUUCAUGACCUACGAAUACCUGCAAGAGCUGCUCAACCCCCAAAGACAAUACAACCCCUCCUCCCAUAUGGUGUCUGGUGCUUUGGCAGGGGCUAUCGCCGCCGCCACGACCACACCACUGGACGUUUGUAAGACGCUGCUGAACACGCAGGAGUCUCUGACACUUAACUCUGUCAGCCAGAGCGGAAGACAAAUCUCGGGUCUUGGCCAUGCCUUCCGGACUGUCUACAGGCUUGGUGGCCUUCCUGCUUACUUCAAAGGUGUGCAGGCUAGGGUCAUAUACCAGAUGCCCUCCACUGCCAUCAGCUGGUCUGUCUACGAGUUCUUCAAGUAUGUUAUUACCAAACACCAGCACGAGAAGCGCAGGACCCAGAGGGAUGGAGAGAAGUAGCUGCCCAUGAACAGGCAGCAGCUGGGCUGACCUUGGUUUCUGUCUCGCCUCUGUUGCUCACAGAACCACGACACAAGCACUCAAGCUGCAAAAGGAUUGAUUACUGUUUUACUAUAUAACGAUACGCACAUAUAGAGUCCAAAUGCUCCUUUCAGUGAGCAUUUAAAGGGGUAGAUCACCUAAAAAUCAUUUACUCACCCUCAUGUUGCGUGCGCUAAAUCCUGACGUGCUAAAUUAUGACUCUCUUUCUUCAGUGGGACACAAAAGGACAUGUUAGCCUCAGUCAACAUUCACUUUCAUUGUAUGGUGGAUAGAGCCAAUAAAAGUGACUGAUGCUGACAUUCUGCUUAGCAUCUCCUUUUGUGGUCUACAGAAAAAGGAAAGUUAACACUGGUUUGGAAUGACAUGAGGGUUAGUGGAUUAUAACAGAUUUUGUAUUUUUGGGUGAACUAUCCCUUUAAUAAAACUGACAUUUCCAUGUGUAAUUCAGCUAAUAAUCAUGACCCAAGUUCUCACUGUGACAGCUGAGAUUUUUGUUCAUCCUCAAAGACAAAAGAACUUUGCACUCUCUUUAUCAAUAAGCCCAAAAUACAUGUUUGUUACUCUUUAAAUCCCACAAGGGGGCGUCAGAAGCCUCACCAGAUUUGAGUGAAGUGACCAUCCUGUAUGUUAAUGAGGGGGAGGUCCCUUAAAUAUGUGGGUUGGAGUUUACAACCUCUAGGCUAAUAGAAUCCCUCCAUUUAUAUUCAAGUCAUAUGCAGAAGAGCAAACCAGACUUUUAUUUUUAUUUUUUAAUUGCCCGCCAAAAUACAUCGACUUAGUAACACUAGACAAUAAGUUUCCAUACAUUAACAAAGUAAUACAUCAUGAACUAACAAUGAACAAUUUGUAAGUAAACCAUUGUUAAUUGUUAGUUUGUUAUUCCAUUAUGUAUGAACUAAUGUUAACAUUAAUUAAUGUUAAUAAUUCUUCAUUGUUAGUUUAAUUGUUGUGUUAGCUAAUGUUAAGGCAUACAACCUUAUUAUAAAGUGUUGCCAAAGACAUUUCUGUACAUUCAUUAGAAAUCAGGAUUUUAACAACAUUAAAGUUAUUACAGCAUGUAGACCUGUACAGUAAUUUAUUGCCAUCUCUGGUUGAAUUGCACUUAGAGUUAAGAAAGAUAUCUACGAGGUAUUUUUGUAGUAUUUGAUGAUGGCAUUUUGUCAGCACUGAUGAAAAAUAAUCCUGCAUUUAAUCCAAACUGUUAAUCCCAAAGCCCCUCCACAGCUGCUAGAAUUAGUCUUGAGGUCUUGUAGAGUCUCUAAUGGGAUGGUACAUUGAUGCAGAUAACCAUUUUGGAAGUACACUCAGUUCUUUAUGGCAAAUAUUAGUUCCCAUAGCGUAAUCCAGUAAACAAUGGCUUUGACAUGUAGUUCAAAUGACCUGACAGUCAUUUAAAUCAGAUUCCCUGUUUUCUGUUUCAUACACGGGGGUCCUAUUAAGAGAUGUAAUUAAAUGAAUUUCAUAUUGUUUGAAACAUUUCUUGAUGGACACUGGGAUGUAUUUUGGUUUGCUCUUGACUAAAGUCUGAAAAUGAGCUCUACUGUAUAAGAGUUUCGCUGAAACGUACCUGACAGUUGAACAUAUGAGGAAACGGUCGGAAUUCUGACUGCCCUGUUCAGUUUUGUUCUUCAGCUGUCAAUAAAUUAGCAGUGCAGGGAAUUCCCUUGCUUGCAUAA